AUGGAGCUUGAAAGACAGCAGAGAGACAAAGAACUCCAAGAACUGCAGGAAAAUAUCAACAGGCAAUCUGAAGAGAGGAAGAAGGAACAAAAAAAGAGAGAAGAAGAAGACAGGAAGAAAAGAGAGGAUGAAGACAUUCAACAACAGAAAUGGAAGAAAAACAUUAUUGAUCUGGAGGAAAAACUAAAAUCAGAGUCAAAAUCAAAGGAAACGAUUGACAGAGAGCUGAAACAGUCUAGAGAAGAACUGGAGAAGCAACAAAAGGCCUGGGAGGAGGAAAGAAAUGAUCUGAGGGACAAACGAAAACAAGAAGAUGAAGAGAAACAAGAAACACUCAGGAAACUCCAAGAAAAACAUGACCAGGAAACAGAAAAAUAUGAAAAUCAAAGAAGAGAAGACGACAGAAUCAGAAAAGAACAGGAGGAGAAAAAGAGGAAAGAACUGGAGCAAAGCCAUAAGACAGAAAUUAUGAAUUUGAAGAAGAAGUUUGAAGAGGAAGCCAGAAAACAAGCUCAAGAAUUCAAUGAUUUCAAUGAAAAAAGGGAGAAAGACUUUGCAGCUCAGAUAGACAAACACAUGGAAGAAAUCAAGGAUGUGAAGAAAAACCUGCAGGACAAGAAGGAUGAAUAUGAAACAUUAAAGAAUCUGUCAGAACACAAAGAAAGAAGUCAAAAGCAAGAAAUCAAUGAACUGCAGAACAAACACCAAGGAGAAAUGGCAGAUUUAAUACUGACCCUGUUGACCCAGAAGAAGGAAAAUAAGAAAAAAAUAACAACGAUGCAGGAAUCACACCGAAAAGAGGUGGAAAAACUUGAAAAAGAUCUGAUGAAAGAGUUCUUGAUCACUGCAGUCAUUUCCCUCGUCAUAAUUAUCAGAUCUUUGCCUGCAGCUCGUCUGCUCAGGACGUUGGAGACAAACUUCACACCUCUUUCUGUGAACAAAUAUGAACUCAGCAUCAGCAAGUCAAGCCUUCCAGAGUUCACCUUUUAA